UUUUUUAAAUGCCUCUCACCUUCGUGGGCGCUUUGCGAAGAUCUGCUCGGUACUGUGGCCAUCAGAAGGCUUCAUUCCCCGUUGACAAGUCGUUGAAUACGGACUUAGUGCGCGUGCUUAGACUUCUACUUCAUCUUUGUUCUUCUUCCAAGUCUUCUUAAUUUAUUCAUUUAUAAUGAGAGAAAUUGUGCAUAUCCAAGCAGGCCAAUGUGGCAACCAAAUUGGUGCUAAGUUCUGGGAAAUCAUCUCCGACGAGCAUGGUAUUGACCCCACUGGGGCUUACCAGGGCACAUCUGAUCUGCAAUUGGAGCGCAUUAAUGUGUACUACAAUGAGGCCACAGGGGGAAAGUACGUUCCCCGUGCGGUUCUCGUCGAUUUGGAACCAGGAACCAUGGACUCUGUCCGUUCUGGACCUUUUGGUCAGCUUUUCCGUCCCGACAACUUUGUUUUCGGCCAAUCUGGCGCCGGAAACAACUGGGCUAAAGGCCAUUACACCGAAGGCGCGGAGUUAGUGGAUUCCGUUCUUGAUGUGGUCAGAAAGGAGGCCGAGUCCACGGAUUGCCUUCAGGGAUUCCAAUUGACCCACUCCUUGGGCGGUGGAACAGGCUCUGGUUUGGGAACCCUUCUCAUUUCCAAGAUCCGCGAGGAAUACCCGGACAGGAUCAUGAACACGUACUCUGUUGUGCCGUCCCCUAAGGUGUCUGACACCGUGGUGGAGCCUUACAAUGCCACCUUGUCCGUGCAUCAGUUGGUCGAGAACACCGACGAGACCUUUUGUAUCGACAACGAGGCCUUGUACGACAUUUGCUUCAGGACACUGAAGCUUACCACCCCCACGUAUGGUGAUUUGAACCAUCUGGUGUCUUUAACCAUGUCUGGCAUUACCACUUGCCUUCGCUUCCCUGGCCAGCUCAACGCUGAUCUUCGAAAGCUAGCCGUGAAUAUGGUGCCGUUCCCGCGUCUGCAUUUCUUCAUUCCCGGGUUCGCACCCCUGACCUCGCGUGGUAGCCAACAAUAUCGGGCUCUGAGUGUGCCCGAGCUGACCCAACAGAUGUUUGAUGCUAAGAACAUGAUGGCUGCCUGUGAUCCGAGACAUGGACGUUAUUUGACUGUGGCCGCAGUGUUCCGUGGCCGCAUGUCCAUGAAGGAGGUCGACGAGCAGAUGCUCAACAUCCAGAACAAAAACAGCUCUUACUUUGUUGAGUGGAUCCCUAACAAUGUGAAGACCGCUGUGUGUGACAUUCCCCCACGUGGCCUCAAGAUGGCGGCCACUUUCAUGGGCAACUCCACCGCCAUUCAGGAGCUUUUCAAGCGCAUUUCUGAGCAAUUCACUGCCAUGUUCAGGCGCAAGGCUUUCUUGCAUUGGUACACUGGCGAGGGCAUGGACGAAAUGGAAUUCACCGAGGCCGAGUCCAACAUGAACGAUCUUGUCAGCGAGUACCAACAAUACCAAGAGGCCACAGCCGAUGAGGAAGAGUUCUAUGAGGAAGAAGAGGGCGAGGUUGACAUGCACUAAGUUUCUCCCAAGUGUGCACACCAAGAAAUUCAGUGAUCAUCAAGAAGAACGAAAUAAUUCAUUGUAACUACAGUAGCCUUUGCUUCCUUCCCAAUCAUUCUUGUGUUUGGGGUGUAUGACCCCAUCCUAACUCGUCUAACAUUUGGUGUACAGUGUCUAAAACCAAUAUGAUUUUGUGAUCUUAUCUCCGACCUUCUCUGGCAAAAAGACAACCCACUAAUUUUAGAGUUAGGUGAAUCCUCUACUGUAUCGUCACGUUUUAACCAAAAGUCAAGGCCGUGCAUUCCGAUGCAAGGCUCUUGGCGCAUAUGUAAACAAGUGGAGAACCCACGACAUUCUUAUAACACUAAAUAAAGUCCCCACCAUGUCAA